AUGGGUCUGUCACUGUCUGGCUGGCUGGGUGGCAUCCCAGCCAAGAUGAAGAAGGAUGCUCCCUCCUCUUCCUCCUUCCUCCCGCUGUCCAUCCCUACCUCCUCCCGCCUUUCACUCCUCCUAAACUCCUCUCCCGUUGACCCUGGAGACCCCCGGUGCCGCUGGAGCCCCACACACUGUUCACCUCACUUCCUGCUGUCCCAGUGCGGGGAGGAAGUGACACGAGCCCCCACUCAGCAGAUCAGCGACGGGGCUCGGGGGGAGAAGGGGGAAAGGGGAGGAAUGCACGUCUGGGAGGUGCUCUGGUGCCCCACCCACAGAGGAAGUCAUGCUGUGAUUGGUGUAUCCACGGAGCACUGCCCGCUACAAACCUCUGGUUACACUGCACUGAUGGGCGGAGACUCACAGUCCUGGGGAUGGGAACUCACAAACAAUCAGCUGUGGCAUGCAGGGCAAGCCCUGGGGAGAUACCCCGGGGAGAGAGGGGUGCAGGCGCAAGAGCAAUCUGUGUCCCCCCCUCACCCUGUCCCGGAGCGCGUGCUGCUGGUUCUGGAUGCCGACACAGGAACUCUGGGAUAUGUAGUAGAUGACUGCUUCCUGGGCAUGGCCUUUAAGGACCUCCCCCAAGGGGUGGAGCUUUUCCCGGCCAUCAGCAGCGUAAGGGGUGGAGCCUUCAUACGACUACGCUACCUCAACGGAGCUACCCGUUGA